UUUUGCAAUAUGUUCAAGUUCGUGAUCGUAUUGUCGGUUGUUUCCUGCGCCUUUGGUGCUGCAGUUCCCGAGGGACUUCUUCCCCAGUUGGCUGGACGCAUCGUUGGAGGCACUGCCACCACUAUUGGUAGCUUCCCCUGGCAAGUCUCCCUCCAGCGUAAUGGUUCUCACUCUUGCGGUGGUUCUAUAUACUCCUCCAACAUCAUCGUGACUGCGGCUCGCUGUCUGCAGUCUGUGACCACCGCCAACUUAAAGGUUCGCGCCGGAUCCAGUUACUGGAACUCUGGCGGAGUUCUGCUGCAGGUUGCCGCUUUCAGAAUUCACGAGGGCUACAACGCUAACACCAUGGAAAACGAAAUUGCCAUCGUCCGCCUUAGUUCUUCCCUGUCCUUCAGCUCCAAUAUCAAGGCUAUCGAUCUAGCUAGCUCUGCUCCUGCUAACGGAGCUUCCGCUGAAGUCUCUGGCUGGGGUACUGAAUAUUAUGGAUCCAGCUCUAUUCCCUCACAGCUGCAGUACGUCGAUGUUACCAUUGUGAGCCCAUCCGCAUGUGCUGCCUCCAGCUACGGCUACGGUAGCCAGAUCAAGAGCACCAUGAUUUGCGCUGCUGACAGCGGCAAGGAUUCCUGCCAAGGUGAUUACGGUGGUCCAUUGGUUUCUGGAGGUGUGCUCGUCGCUACCUUCAGGAACCACGAGGGUUACAACGCCAACACCAUGGUCAACGACAUUGCCGUCAUCCGUCUGAGCGGCAGCCUGGGAAUGAGCUCCACCAUCAAGGCUAUCGGUCUGGCCACUUAUGCUCCCGCCAACGGCGCUGCUGCCUCCGUCUCUGGAUGGGGUACUCAGUCCUCUGGCUCGAGCUCCAUCCCCACCCAGCUGCAGUACGUCAACGUGAAAAUUGUUAGCCAAGUCCAGUGUGCAUCUUCCAGCUACAGCUAUGGUAGCCAAAUCAGGAGCACCAUGAUCUGCGCUGCUGCUCCCGGCAAGGAUGCCUGCCAAGGCGAUUCCGGUGGCCCAUUGGUGUCUGGUGGUACCCUCGCUGGUGUUGUCUCUUGGGGCUAUGGCUGCGCCGCUUCCAACUACCCAGGUGUCUACGCCGAUGUUGCUGUCCUCCGCAACUGGGUGGUCAGCGUCGCCAACAGUAUCUAAGAACAUUUGCAAAUAAAAGAAAGCACACAACGAUAUAAA